GAGUGCCACUGCUGCAACGGUUUCUGGAGCCCCGGGUGGGAGCCUGCAGGUGCUGGCCAUCAGAGCCCUGCCCCAAAGCGUCCGGCUGCCAGCAGUGGAUGAUGAGCUCGGUGCUCUCUUUCUGGAUGACUUCCUGGAUCCAGAUUUCACGCCUGUGCCCAAGGGACAACCCAGAGUUAAGUUGUGUCUGUUUCCUUGAAGGCAGAAACACUCAUGCCCUCGUAGUUUAUUUGGGUGCAAGGUCUUCCAAGUCUGUCUGUGCCUUGAAGGGCUUGCACAGAUGAGCCUUGAGUGUUUCUUUGCUGGGAGAGCUGCCACAUUUCGGUGGGAAGGUCACCGCUGCCCCUCUUCAGCUGAGAGAGCCCAGAGCUUCGUAUUUGGGCUGUGCCAUUCCCUGACCCACGGCCAGACCUUACAGGUCUGCCAGGGUUACAAAGGAGGCCCCCACAUGCAGUGGAAGCUCUCCUCACCUGUGUCUGAUCACACUUGUGCCUGCAGGCCCUGCUGGCGAAUCAGAAUGGAAUCCUGUCCAUGAGCCUGAGGGGAAUGCUGGAGGUGUGAGUGGAGGAGGUGAUCCAGCUUCCCCUCUGAGUUCCAAGACCGAAACCCGGGCGGAUGGCAUGGGUCUGGAAAGGGGAAAGGAUGAAUCCAACAGAGGAAAGUCCUCCCAGGGGUCUUACCAUCCGAGAGAGCUGCUGAAGGAAAUGGAAGUGGCAGCUCCUGGGCUGAAUGCAGGGAAAAGCACAAAGGCUGCUGUUGGCAGAUCUGUGCGGCAGCGCCACGUGGCAGUGAUGGUGCUGCUCUCAGCUGUGCUGCUGUCUGCGCUGGUGCUGGCCUGCGUUGCUGCGUCGCGGACGUGGAACACAUGCCUUGUGUGCAAGAGGGGAGAGAGAGCAGCAGAGCGAGCUCAUCCUGACACCAGCUGGGAGGGAGUUCCAGCUGGAGAUGAAGUGGAGAGUGGAGAGGCAACGAGAGAGAUCCUUGCCCAAGCCAACAAGAACCUCAGCAAUAGUUCCAGUCCGUUCCGUUCUGCCAUCCCAGAGGCCAGAGGUGUUCAGACUCGUCUGGAAGACCUGGAGCGUGAACUCCAAGCCAUGAAAGAGGUCCGUGGGAACAGUGGUGAGUGCUGCUUCCCGUCAGAGGACGGCCCUGGAAGUGAGAGCGGAGGAUCAGCGGCAGAGCAUUUGCCCUUCACCCUCCGUUCCCCAGGACGAGUAUCACCAAUAGUUCGAAGGUUCUUAGCUCGCCAUAGCUACAAUCCUUUUGAGGGUCCCAAUGAGGACCCAGAAAGCGAGCUUCCUCUGACUGCCGGGCAGCACGUUUAUGUCUUUGGAGAUGUGGAUGAGGACGGCUGGUUUCUGGGAGAGCUGACGGAUGGCACGAGAGGGCUGGUCCCUUCCAGUCUGGUGACAGAGGUUUCAGAUGAUGAGCUGGACACAACGAUGCCUCCCGAGCUCUGUGAUCUGCUGGAAACGGAUGAUUAAGUCGAUGCAAAGAGUCCAUAAUUCAGCAACAUCCUGUCGCAAUUCUUGCCUCACUCCAUCUGCAA